AUGCGUCUCCUGACCCAUAACUUGUUGAUCUGUCCCGUACACAAGAAACCAUUGGCGAUCCGUAACGUUUCCGCUGUAGACAUAAUCCCAGUGGAGUACCAACCCAGGUUUCUGCUGCGCAUGAUCCCACGACUCGACUGGUCGCUGCUACGAGCAGCAGCGGUCUCUGUAGAAUCUGACUGUGUGGAUGCACUGCCGGAAGCAGCUCCAAGCCCCUCGGAGCUGCCGGCGCUGGAAAAAGCGGUCGAAAGCGGAGACCGUUUGCCGCUUUUGGAUGCUCUUCAGCGACUGUUGCUCGAGACGCACGUCGUAGGCGGCCAGUUGCACUGCGAACACGGAGAGUUUUAUGUAAUUGCCGACGGCAUUCCGAACCUCUUAGCGGACGCAGCUGUAAACCCAUCGGAAACAGCGUCUGAGCAGGCCGCGUGUACAACGGAAGGUAGUUAG